GUGCUCAGCACCCUCAGUCACAUCACCAUCACAAUGUCUUUCCUCCGCAACGUCAAGAACCUUGCCCCCCUCCUGGACCGCGUCCUGGUCCAGCGUGUCAAGCCCGAGGCCAAGACCGCCUCCGGUAUCUUCCUCCCCGAGAGCAGCGUCAAGGAGCAGAACGAGGCCAAGGUCCUCGCCGUUGGCCCCGGUGCCGUCGACCGUAACGGCCAGCGCAUCCCCAUGGGCGUUGCUGUCGGCGACCGUGUCCUCAUCCCCCAGUUCGGUGGUAGCCCCAUCAAGGUUGGUGAGGAGGAGUACACCCUCUACCGCGACUCUGAGAUCCUCGCCAAGAUCAACGAGUAAAUUGGACUAGCCAAAUAAUGUCCAACGUCUUGUUGUCUUUUGUUUUUCCGGAUGUUCGAAGCCGCCUAUAACGUGUAUUAUACCUCCCUUUUUCCGCAAAAUCAUGAGCCUCAGCCAUUCAGAGCUUCCUCAUUCGAAAAAAACUCUCCCCAUUAAAAAAGGCCCGAUAACACGCUAUGGAGAGCUUUCCCUAGUGUUAGCGUUGGGUCCUAUCACCUGUUCUGCUGCGCAUUUAUUGCCGAAAGCGUGAAAUGACUGUUUUUGCAUACCACACGAUGUACUUUUGUCGCCUGUCAACUACUUUGCUCUCGUCGUGUCUGGAGGUGUUUGUCGCGAUGAGAGUAUGUAAUACGAUAUGAUAAUCUCCUCUCU